UCUUAAUAAUAAAGAAUUUUAUUUUUAUGUGAAUCCUGAAGAAUUUUUCUUUCAAUUCAUCGGUUCCUUCGGUAAAACAACAACUAACAGUCUUUUACCAGCUCUAUCUCAUUCCUCAAUCAUGGCUUUUCCAACCCCAGCAAACGAGACCGCUAGGUUGCGCUAAAUCACGCCCAGGAUGCGCACUGCGCACCUUCUCUAUCAAGUUUUAAAGAUAACAAACAAUUAAAUUAGCAGCUUCGUAAAUCACUUAGCAUCCACCUCUAGACUUUCGCUCUAUUCUUCCCUUGUGGUUUAUUAAGUUGUGUCAUUCAUUUUCUCGACAAAAUUUAUUUCUACUGAGAAAAUUCAUUUUCCCGGGAAACAAAAACACACUCUCUCAUCUCCGAUGCGAAUCCUUUCCUUCCUCCGUCGAUGACGAUCGCCGAUAUAUGUCUCCCAUCACGUUCCCCUUGGGAUCAACCAAUGGAUCUAUUCUUCCGUAUUUUCCCCUGUCUCGCUGAUCCUGCUCGAAGGUCUACGUCGUUCUUGAAGCUUGUCUUGCUGGUGAUUCAUCUGAUUUAUGCCGGCGUUCUUUUCUUAAUUGAUGGAGAUUUGAUAGAGAAGACUAAGAAAGAACCGUGGUACACUGCUUUAUACUUGCUGCUGUUUGCUGUUACUUUAAUACAAUACUUCGCUACAUCUAUUUCCAAUCCAGGUUAUGUCAUUGAUGCCAUGAAUGCUGUUAAUAAGAGAAACGUAGUUGGCACAAAGACACCAGAAACAUCAAAUCAACCAGCUUCAAGCAGAAAUGGGAGCGUCAUAAUUUCCAUGGAGGGAAAUCAGUCUGUAAAAAGUGUUUCAGGAAGCAAUGCAACAUAUUGGUCAAAGUUGGUGUCAGAAUUGUAUCCUAUUGGAUCAACAAUCAGAACAUGGACGUGCACCUACUGCAAUGUGGAACAGCCUCCACGGGCAAAGCAUUGUCAUGAUUGUGACAAGUGUGUUCUUCAGUUUGAUCAUCACUGUGUUUGGCUUGGAAAUUGUAUUGGCCAGGGUAAUCAUUGUCAAUUUUGGUGGUACCUCUGUGAAGAGACAGCAGUGUGCAUCUGGACAGGCAUCUUGUAUAUUUCACACCUGAAGGCUCACAUUACAAGGGUUUGGUGGCAGGAUGCGAUCAUGAUACUACUAUUGAUCACUCUGUCGAUUUGUCUUAUCUUUCUGCUUCUCCUACUGAUGUUUCACAGUUAUCUCAUUCUGACAAAUCAGACUACCUAUGAACUUGUAAGGAGAAGACGAAUUGCUUAUCUAAGGGCAAUUCCAGAGAGAGUGCAUCCUUUCAGUAAAGGAGUUUGUAGAAAUGUAUACAACUUCUGCUGUGGAAGUUGGAGAUCAUACGGUUUAGAAACACUACCCACCCCACAAGAGAUAGAGGAAAAUUCAAGGCCGUACACAUGCUCGGAUGUUGCAGCUUGUCGCUGUUGCUGAAGUCUUUAAGUUUUGUAUGUCAAUGCAUCUGUUUGAUUAGAUGAUUAGAAGUUAAUUUUAGGCUACUAACGAUGUUAUUUCUCUUCUUCUAUCAUUCAUUCUUUGCUAAUUUUUGAAGGUCGACGUUUCAUGUUUGUUGUAUAGUUGCAGUGCUAGUGUGUUCUUUUGGUUUACAUUGUUAUUCUUUAGACCAUGAUAUCUAGCUUAUAUCAGACUGACUCUUGUCAUGAAAUGCGAAGGACAAUAGAGUAUUUAAGCUGCAUACUCGCGAGCAAUUGAAGUAGCAAACCUUGCGAUUAUGCUUAUGUUAACAGGCCGAGUGGCAAAAGAAAGACUUAGCAAAUAUUAGAACUUGCAAUAUUUAUUAAACUUCGGUUUAGUUC